GUUUGGGAGAGAAAAGUACUGAAGUCAAACGAGAGAUCUGUGAAGUACUUUGAAAGAAUACAGUCCUCCUAUGUGCAUCCAGAGAGGCUACUUCAAUGACUGUAUCACUGGUACUGGCUGUAGACAUCAGCUGGGGCUGAAUGUGAUGCUCACCGCCCUGCAUUCAUCCCGAUCCCGGAGCCAGACCUGAGCCUGCACCUUGCUUUGCAGAGAGGUGAUCUGCUGGAUUUUGAACUUCCAGCUUAGGUGAUUGCAUAAGGUAUUCUGCUUUAUCGGGUCCUUCAAUAAGGCGACUUUUCUUUAAUUUCUCUGUUAAUCUCUCCUGUUAACAGAUCCUAUCCUCCUGGGCUUACCCUUAAACCGCCUGCCGAUUUGAAACCUGCAGAUAGCAUAAUACAAGCUGGUACUCUAGCAGUUGUCGAGAUCUAUUGUAGGGCAACCAGCAUGCCCAGAAAAACUAGCCAUUCACCUCGCUCCAUGCUAUUCCCGUCAGAAAGAACAUGGAAAAGAUUCUCUCCUCUUUUGACCAGCACCCCCCUCCUUAACUAAAAAGACGGUGUGUAUGCAUCUGGAAUGGGGGCGGUGGGGGGGGGGGUUGGAGUCCAGCUUUCCUGCCUCCACAAAGACAAAAUGGUUCAUAGCGGGCUAGAACUGGGCCAUCAUUAGGGGAGCCUCCAGGCCUCUGGGAUCUGAGGGAACGGUGGGCCGUGCCUUGGCCAGGAUGAGAUGCCAGUCCCGGGCUCGGAUGGCCGGCUGAGCCCUUCCCAACGUGACUUUCUCAGGCGAACUCCCACUCCCGACACACAACGUGUAUGCUUUAGGAAGAUUUCUGCAACGUGACAAAGUGCAAUUUAAAAUCUGGCUUCUCCUUUCCUGAGCUCGGACCCAAACUUGUCCUGAAAUAGGAGAAGGCGCUGUAGGCAAAGGACUGCAGAGGCGGAAGCAAGCGCCCGGCGUGGCCGCCGUGACGACGAGCUGCCAGCAGGUGUCAGUGCGCCCUCGCUCAGUCGUGGCGCGUAGCCGCCGCCUCCGCGACCCCUCCUCACCGCCGUGGAAGGGGGCGCGGUCCGGACCCCGGCCGCCCGUGUCCCGCACACUCCUCUGUGGUUCAGACCACACGUGGCCUCCUCUCCCCGGAGCGGAGCUCUGGCCUUGGGCGGGUCCCGCUCCCCGGGGGGUACUUCCCAAUUCCGCCCCGGGGGGUUCGAGGCGAACGCGUGCCUUCCUUCUCACCAGCACCCCACUCUCCUCGCCGCCAGGACCAGGCUGCUUCGGAUGCUACUGGUACCGGUGGAUGCUGCUCCCGAUUCGGGCCAGGGUCCCCAACUCUCUUCCCUCCCAGGACCCAGCUCGAUGGGGGCCCUCCCCGGGCCCGCUGCUUUCUGCUGGGCCGGCCCGGAGCUGCUCGGCCAAUUCCCAGCAGGGGCCGCUCCCACUCCCCGGGCACGCUCUUUAAACCCCUCGCUCCAGGUACCCGCCUCUCCAAAGAGCCCGUCCGGCCAGGGGGCCAGCGCUCCCCAAGGUCCCACACGGGGCGCGGGCGCUAGACCCGCGGAGGGGAGGCGCAAGGGGCGGGGGAGGGUCGGUUUCCCACGUGGGGGCUGACGCCGGCUGCUCGGCAACGCCAGCUUGAUCCUGGGGCUAUAAAACCAGUCCACGGUGAGCGCCGCGGAGCAGCAGCGGCCCGGGCUUCGCUGCAGACGCCCAGCAGCCGGCGCGCCGCCGCCCGGCCACCCCCAGCACCUUCUUCCCCUAGCCCUGCGUUCCUGCCCCAACUCACGCUGCCCUCGGACCCCGGCCCGUCCGGCUGCACUCAGCGCCCGCCGCUCGCCGGGCCAACGCCCAGGAGACCCUGUGCCUCGGCCGCGGCUCCGGGAGGGCCGAUCGCCCACCUGCCCCGGCCCACCUGAGGACGGGGGCGUCUUCAUGCUGCCCGCACACGGCUCGCCCCGCCGCCGCCGCCCCCGAGCUCCGCGCGCUGAGCCCCAGCCCCAGCUGGGCACGCAACUUUGGAAGUCCGGCGGCGCUUCGGGAGAGGCGGCAGAGUCCGCACCCCAGCCCCAGCCCGGGCCCGGCCGGCACCGCCGCGUCUGGGGGAAAGCGAGGGAGUCGGUAAUCGCUGCUUCGGGGAUGUAAGAAGACAGACCUAGGACCCCAGGCCCGCAUCAGCGCCCUUCGGCUGCCUCCCGGGGUGGGGGCGGGCCCCGCACACGGUAAGACCUCUCGCUUUCGCUCAGGCUCAAGAGUCAAGAUAGAGAUAGAUUUUAAAUUUUCUGUCAUCCCUCCAAGUGAUCAGGCCACCGAUGAUUUCUGUUCUCCCUUCUUGAAGAAUCAAUCUCCCUUUCCCCAUCGGCUCGACCUACCCUCUCCCGCCGCUUAGAAAUAAAACUUGUGCUGAGCUGGGCAGGAGAAGGCGCCCACCACGAGGGCCACAAGCGCAGGCCGGGCGCCGUUCGCGGGAGCCGGGCCCAUGGGCUGCUAGCGCCCCCCAGCCCCCACCCCCCGGCAGCUCGGGCCGGCGUCCCUGCGGCCCCCUCCCCAUGUGAGGCGCGGCAGGGCGAGCGGGGCGCGGGAGGAAGAGGAGGACCCACUGGCGCAGGGCCAGAAGGCAGCUGGCAGCAGGCCAGGCAAGCGGGCACCCGCGUUCAUGUUCCGCCAGGAGCAGCCGCUGGCCGAGGGCAGCUUCGCGCCCAUGGGCUCCCUGCAGCCGGACGCGGGCAACGCGAGCUGGAACGGGACCGAGGCGCCAGGGGGCGGCGCCUGGGCCACCCCUUACUCCCUGCAGGUGACGCUGACGCUGGUGUGCCUGGCGGGCCUGCUCAUGCUUCUCACGGUGUUCGGCAACGUGCUUGUCAUCAUCGCGGUGUUCACAAGCCGCGCGCUGAAGGCGCCCCAGAACCUCUUCCUGGUGUCUCUGGCCUCGGCCGACAUCCUGGUGGCCACGCUCGUCAUCCCUUUCUCGCUGGCCAACGAGGUCAUGGGCUACUGGUAUUUCGGCAAGGCGUGGUGUGAGAUCUACCUGGCGCUCGACGUGCUCUUCUGCACCUCGUCCAUCGUGCACCUGUGCGCCAUCAGCCUGGAUCGCUACUGGUCCAUCACGCAGGCCAUCGAGUACAACCUGAAGCGCACGCCGCGCCGCAUCAAGGCCAUCAUCGUCACCGUGUGGGUCAUCUCGGCCGUCAUCUCCUUCCCGCCGCUCAUCUCCAUCGAGAAGAAGGGCGGCAGCGGCGGCCCGCAGCCGGCCGAGCCGCGCUGCGAGAUCAACGACCAGAAGUGGUACGUCAUCUCGUCGUGCAUCGGCUCCUUCUUCGCUCCCUGCCUCAUCAUGAUCCUGGUCUACGUGCGCAUCUACCAGAUUGCCAAGCGCCGCACCCGCGUGCCGCCCAGCCGCCGGGGGCCGGACGCCGCCGCCGCGCCGCCGGGGGGCGCAGAGCGCAGGCCCAACGGCCUGGGCCCGGAGCGCGGCGUGGGCCCGGUGGGCGCCGAGCCCGAGCCGCUGCCCGCCCAGCUCAACGGUGCCCCCGGGGAGCCCGCGCCGGCCGGGCCGCGCGACGCUGACGCGCUGGACCUGGAGGAGAGCUCGUCGUCCGAGCACGCCGAGCGGCCCCCGGGGCCCCGCAGGCCGGAGCGCGGCCCCCGGGCCAAGGGCAAGGCCCGGGCGAGCCAGGUGAAGCCCGGGGACAGCCUGCCGCGGCGCGGGCCGGGGGCCACGGGGCCCGGGGCGCCGGCGGCGGGGCCCGGGGCGGAGCGUGGCGGGGGCGCCAAGGCGUCGCGCUGGCGCGGGCGGCAGAACCGCGAGAAGCGCUUCACGUUCGUGCUGGCCGUGGUCAUCGGCGUGUUCGUGGUGUGCUGGUUCCCCUUCUUCUUCACUUACACGCUCACGGCCGUGGGCUGCUCCGUGCCGCGCACGCUUUUCAAGUUCUUCUUCUGGUUCGGCUACUGCAACAGCUCGCUGAACCCGGUCAUCUACACCAUCUUCAACCACGACUUCCGCCGGGCCUUCAAGAAGAUCCUUUGCCGGGGGGACAGGAAACGGAUCGUGUGAGCGCCCGGUCCGCGACCCGCGAACAGACUGGCGCCCACUGCAGUCGGCGGGGAUCGAGGGGCUCGUCUCUGCAGUCCCAGCACACUGAAACCCGGGUGCUGCCUACUCGGUGUUUCCUGGCUAGGCCUUGCCCUGUGGCCCCCUGUGGGCCUCUGCUUCCCCCCCCCCAGGGAAAAGAACUGGCUGGGAGGGCCGCGGGCCCCCCAGUUGUUGCUAGGGCCCCUUGUGACUUGGCGCGAUCUUCCUGGGUUCUUGGGAGUCCCCUACUGAGUAUUGCUUCCUAAAGGUAUUUUCACCUCCCCUGAGUCCAGCUGUCAAUGCAGAUCAGAGCAAGCGAGCACUGAACGGACCCCAGAGGGUACGGCUCACAAAGGAUUAACGGAUGGGGGUUACCCAGCCCCAGCUAAUUGCUCUCCCCCUUCCCCUAACUCUGUUUUUAAACAGAUGCUCAGGGCAGCCCUGCCCAUCCUCCCAUCGCCCACUGUAAAUAUACACUAUUUUUGAUAGUACACCCUAGGGUCCCUGGUGUCUGGGCUUUUGAUGCUGUUGGAGAUGCCUUUGAGGCAGACACACUGUCUUCGGUUCAGGCCAAGCCCCUUUGCAAAGUAAGUCCUUUCCUGGUGUCAUUACCUCCUUCUGUGUCCUUUUCACCAGCAACUGGUGACUGUCCCUGGGGCCUGGACCUGCUUUGAGAUUUCCUGAGGGGGAAAAGAUUUCUGUCCAUUUUUUUCCUGUGCCUAACAGCAUAAUUGCCUUCUCCUAUGUAAAUAUUACAAGGAGGGACCAAGACAGAAGUAAAUGAACCUUUCUGCCUUGCAGCAGCCCUGUGUAUAAAGCCAUUAUCCUCUGAUGCACCCUUCACCCCAGUAACUCACUUUAAAAGUAUCUCUUUCCUGGGUCCCUCCCUCCCACUCUCCCACCUUCCCUCUCUCCAGGGCCACUGCUUGAAGAAUAUGUAUGUUUCUAUCUUGUAUGUUUGUGCACCUGCCCCUCCUUCUCCAAAAGUGCUGACUGCAAGAAAUCUUUUAGCUGCUGUUUUUAGAUGGAGGAGUGGAAAUUAUGUGGAAGAAGCAAACCUGAUACAAUUUGCCCAAGGUAAACAGUUCGAAAAGACAAAUGAGCCUGCCAAACUGUACAGUUCCUGUCUCGGGAGCUCUUAGGUAUCAAAGUAUUGUCCUUUCCCCCCUGCUUUUCUGGUUGAGAUCAUGUCACUGAUGAACUCCCAAAAUCAAGGAAAGAGGGCGGACACCUCGUGUUUACAUCGGAGUUUCUACACGUUUCAGACAGAGACUCUUUAAGGCCUGCGCUCUUAUUUCACUAAAGACAAACUAAUGGCAGCACACGUUGCUAAUGACAGUGGAUUUUUUUUUUAAUAAAAAGUUUACAGAUCAAAUGUGAAAUAAAUAUGAAUUAAA